UGCCGUUGUGAGGACUACUGUGUGACAAGCUUAUAUAAUAUAUAUACGCUUAGGUACAUAGUAAUCAUAAAGUAAACUUAUAAAAUACAUCAAUAUUUUUGUUUGCUUUUAAUAAAAUAAUAAAAAAUGCAGAAGGUGUAUAUCUUUUUGGCAUUAGCUAUAAUUGUAAAUGAAGCCGUGGCAAUGAACUUAAGGCGUAAGAGGCAGAUAUAUGACGCAGAUGAGAAUAAUUUAGAUGAAAGAUAUGGCCAGAAUGGUGGAAAGCCGCAACCUACACCAAGACCUAACGGGAGUUCCACCCAAUCUUCCACAUUGAGGGGGUGCCUCUCGUCCUGCCCAGCGACAUCUGAGUACAACCCUGUGUGUGGUUCUGAUGGUAACACAUACCCCAAUCCUGGCCGUCUGAUGUGUGCUCAAUAUUGUGGAUUGAACGUAACCCAGGUCCGUAACACACCGUGCCCCCGCCCUGUCACACCAGCGCCACAGUAGAUACUGUGAUACUGUCAAAUUAUAUACAAUUCAAAUACAAGUCGAUAAUGCAAUUUAUGACUGAAUAAAAACAACUUUCUUACCAUAACGAA